GUGGGGGCGGGAACGGGAAAGACCGGCCUGAAGCUCGCGGGAGCAGCAGCAAAAGCGGGAGAAGCCAAGGGGCAACAGCCAUCACGCCAUGGCUGGCGCGCAGGUGCACAUGUGCAAAACCAUCUUUCCCGCUCACGCCAACCAGCACGGGGAGCUGAGCGCAGGGCAACUCCUCAAGUGGAUCGACACCACGGCCUGUCUGGCGGCUGAAAAACAUGCUGGCUUCUCUUGUGUGACAGCAUCAGUAGAUGACAUACAGUUUGAAGAGACUGCCAGAGUUGGACAAAUUAUUGGCAUAAAGGCAAAAGUAAACAGGGCAUUCAAUACCAGUAUGGAGGUUGGUGUCAAGGUUACACUUCAAGAUCCCCUGACUAAUGUUGAAAAAUUGAUUAGUGUCGCGUUCUCUACAUAUGUUGCAAGACCAGCAGAUGGUGAAAAGGUUACCUUAAAACCAGUAGAGCUUCUUACUCCACAAGAUUCCCUAGAGUACACACUAGCUGCUGAAAGAAGAAAAAUCCGACUAGAUCAUGAACAUGACUUUAAGAUCCUGAUACAAGAAUGUGGUAUGAAAAAUGAGCAUGUUUGCAAUAAAGAGGAAGAUGCAGUUUCCACAGACCUCACCCACGUGCAAAGCAUUGAACUUGUAUUGCCCCCUCAUGCCAAUCAUCAAGGAAAUACAUUUGGUGGCCAAAUUAUGGCUUGGAUGGAGACAGCGGCAACUAUUUCUGCAAGUCGCCUGAGCUGUUGUCAUCCAACUUUGAAAUCUGUAGAUAUGUUUAAAUUCCGGGGACCUUCAACUGUGGGUGACCGCCUUAUUUUCAAUGCUAUAGUAAACAACACUUUUCAGAAAAGCGUUGAGGUCGGAGUUCGUGUUGAGGCUUAUAACUGUGAAGAAUGGGGCAAAGGCCAUGCAAGGCAUAUUAACAGUGCAUUUUUCAUUUUUAAUGCUAUAAAAGAAAAUGGAGAGCUUUUUACAUUCCCCAGAGUCAAAUCCACUACAAAGGAUGGUUUAAGAAGGUACCAUGAAGCUAUUGCACGCAAGAGAAUUCGAUUAGCCAGGAAAUAUGUUCUGUUGAGGAAGGAAGAUGACUUCAUUCCUGAUCCCUGGGACCAAACCAACCAGGUAAACAUAAUCAACAACAAUAUUGCAGAGCUGACUAUAAUGGCAGAAAAACCUGGAUGGGAAGUAGCUAGAACUCUAGACCAUAUUAGAAUAUUUACUCUAGAGGAAGAUUCUUUGGCAAUCAAGGUUGAAAUGCAAGUACAAAUACCUUCAGAACUCGCCUUUUCGCUUUUGUCUGACUUCACACUCCAGGUGCAUUGGGACAAAUAUUAUUUAACUUCUAGAAUCAUACAGAAUGUUACAGAAGAUGACAAAAUAUAUCACAUUACAUCCCCAUCAGUUAAUGGAAAUAAAUCUAAUGAUUUUUUAAUUCUUGUAUCUCGAAGAAAACCCUGUAAAACUGGUGAUCCUUACAUAAUAGCUGCGAGGUCAGUUGCCUUGACAUCUGUUCCAGCUUUUAACCAAAACAGAAGUCAAAUCCAGUGUGCAGGAUUCUUGAUCUACAGUAAUGGCAUCAAUUCUUCUUUGGUGUCCUAUUUCAACCAAGGCACCCUUGCUAUUAUGUCCUACUUUGCUACAAACUUCACUGGGCUGUCCAAAUCGAUUGAGGAUACAGCUUCUGCAUGCAUCCAGUUCUUGGAGUUAAGGGGCAGCAAGCUGAAGACUGUUUCAUUAAGCAAUAGCUCAUGAAUAACUUAAAAUGACUGAAAGUCUAUUAUGCCAUUUGACUAACAAGCAGUGACUAACAAAGGUACUCUCCCAUCCAAUGCUGUUCUUUGAAAUAUUAUUUUAGUACAGUGUGCUUAUGACAUGGUCUCCCAAAUCCUUACCCCUUAUUUCAUUGUCAUAAACUAAGUGUGUGUCGAGGUGGGGGAAAUCCCAGUACCAUUCCCACUACUUUAAUUUCUGGGUGAUUGUCAAACUAUUUUGUUGUUCUAAAUUACGUUUCCAUGAUGCUACAACUGCUUUAAAAGGCCAACUACCAGACUGUAUUUUUCAUUUUAAACAGAAGCAUACCUUUGCUCUCAGAUGUCUCAUCUUUAUUCAAUUAUCUCCUUAUUUGGAUUUCUGUAGUUUAGGAUUAUUUGGCG